ACUCACGUACGCACAACGCACGGUCCGCUCCCGAGAAACGCUCCAUAGGGACAGAAUUCCCAAAAGCCAGGCUACCGAUUGACAUCCCCCCCGCGCCCCUCAGAAUAGUUGGAUUCACGCAAUACCCAAAACAAAUGUGAACUUCUUUUGAAAUGUAUAAUAUGUAUAAUAUUAUAUAAUAUUGAUAGCCACUUUGGAAAGUAAAAUAAUUAUGUGUUAAUCAUUAGUGAUUCAUUAUCGAAUAAAAAAAAUAGGAGAUAGCAUUUGAAUCAUCAUAUAUUUAUAUCAUUUAUUUAUAUACAGUGAUAAUGCAGGAUUGCAGGAAUAUAAAUAUGAGGAAGCCUCAAAUUUUGUUUCAGUGUGUUUGUUAGGCACAAUGAAUUCUAUCAUCAUUUUGUUGGCCCUUGGUCUGGCUGCUGUGGCAGCUGUUCCAACAAACCCCCAAAGGAUUAUUGGUGGCUCGACAACCACCAUUGACCGGUACCCCGGUAUUGUUUCUCUGUUGUUUACAAGGAAUUGGAGUCAGUGGUGGCAGGCUUGCGGUGGAAACCUUCUUAACCAGAGAUCUGUUCUUUCCGCUGCUCAUUGCACAUUCGGUGAUCAAACGGGUGCAUGGCGUCUUCGUGUUGGUUCCACCUGGGCCAACAGUGGGGGUGUUGUGCAUCAAUUGAACAGAAUUAUCCAUCAUCCCAAUUAUAACAGACAAACAGCUGACAGUGACCUCUGCAUCUUACGCAGUAAUACCAACAUAGUUUUGAACAACAACGUUCGUCCUGUUAAUAUUGCUGGUUCCAAUUACAAUCUUGCUGAUAACCAACCUGUUUGGGCUGCUGGUUGGGGUGCUACUUCGCUCGGAGGGUCUGGUUCGGAGCAGCUCCGUCACGUCCAGGUCUGGACCAUCAAUCAGAAUACCUGCGCCCAACGUUACAGACCCAUUAACCGUUCUAUCACCGCUAACAUGUUGUGCUCUGGUGUUUUGGACGUUGGUGGUCGCGACCAGUGCCAGGGUGACUCCGGUGGUCCUCUCCUCCACAACAAUGUCCUUGUUGGUGUCUGCUCUUGGGGACAGUACUGCGCUGACCGUCGCUACCCUGGCGUCAACGUUCGUGUUUCCCGCUUUACUUCCUGGAUCCAGUCCAAUGCGUAAUAAUUUUAAAGAAGAAACCAACCAACAAAAUUAUUAUAAAUAAUAUGUAAAUUUGUAUUAUUUUUUCAGUUAAUUGAAAUAUAAAAUUAUCAAUGAAA